AUGAGGUCUUUAAGUAGGGGUGAUCAUGAGAGAUGGUUGGUGAUGGGUGACUUUAAUGAAAUCACUAGUAGAAUAGAAAAAAAGGGUGGGAAGGAUAGAUCUGAAUUACAAAUGGAGAGUUUUAGAAGAAUGAUAGAUGACUGCACCUUAUUUGAUCUGGGUUAUGAAGGAACCAGUUUUACAUGGUGGAAUAGCAGAGAAGGGGUUAAUGCUAUUCAUGAAAGACUCGAUAGAGCCCUAGCAAACAAUGCAUGGUGUGGAGCUUUUCCUUAUGCAAAGGUGUUUCAUACCAUUGCUGCUUAUUCAGACCAUAACCCUAUUGUGCUACAAACUGAGGGUUGUGUGCAAAAGUUUAAAGGCCAAAAGCCUUUUAGGUUUGAAGCAAUAUGGACAGAAAGUGAAGAAUGUGGACAGGUGAUUGAGAAGGCUUGGCAAGUUCAUUGUGGUGAUGGACCUAUUGGAGAGGUGGUGAACAAGAUUUCGAGAUGUAGUGACAGUUUGCUAAGGUGGAACAAAGCUAGUUUUGGAACAGUCCAAAAGAGAUUAAGGAUGGCUAGAGUGCAACUAGAGAAGAUCCAAGCUGAGAACUUAAGAAAUCCAAAUAGAGUAGCAGUUCAGCAAGCAAGAAAGAAAGUACAAAUAUGGCUUGAGAGGGAGGAAAUACUUUGGAGGCAGAGAUCAAAAGCAUUAUGGUUAAAAGGGGGAGAUCAAAAUACUAAGUAUUUCCACAGCAAAGCAUGUCAAAGGAAAAAGAAGAAUACCAUCACCUGGCUCAAGGAUGAACAUGGGGAAUGGCAAGAAAAUGAGCAAAGGGACGAAUUGAUAAUAAAGUAUUUUGAAGAGAUAUUUAAAUCAAGUGGCUUGGCAAUUUCUUAUCUUCUCUACAAGGCAGGGUAA